CCAAAAGUAAGCGAGACACGCGUUUGGCCAAUUGAACGGAGUGAAUGUAGCAGAAGCGUGCAAUGAAAAGAAGUUCUACACAAAACAAAACAUUCGCAAGCGCGCGACAUUUCUAAAAAUCGACUUUUGCAGACAUUACGAAAUACAAACACAACAACAACACAAAACUUUUGUUGCUACUGGACAAUUAGAAAGCUACUUAGUGUUACAACAACUCAAAAAACUAGUUAUUAUUUUAAUAUUUAGUGCCUAAUUUGUAUAAAUCGAAAUGGUUGUACCGAUGACAGUUAAUUUUUUGAAAUCAAAAUGGCGGCUCUUCGCUUCUGCUCAUCCCCUGGCCAAAGGUGUUAUCGCUUAUUCGAUUGUAUGGCCGACGAGUAGUUUCAUGCAGCAAACACUCGAAGGCAAACAGCUAAAGGAUUAUGAUUGGAUGCGCAUACUACGUUUUGGCCUUUUCGGAGGCUGUUAUGUGGCGCCCACUUUAUAUGGAUGGUUGCGUGUCGCCUCCGCGAUGUGGCCGCAAACGAAUUUACGUAUUGGAGCACUCAAGGCCAUUGUUGAGCAAGCUUCGUACGCACCAUUCGCCAGCACUAGCUUCUACUUCGGCAUGACUAUGCUGGAAGGUAAAGGCAUUGAAGCAGCUAAAGCAGAAGUCAAAGAUAAAUUCCCAAAAACACUUCGGAUUGCCAUUUUCAUCAUUCCAGUUUUGCAGACAAUUAACUUCGGCUUAAUACCCGAACCGAAUCGCAUUUUAUUUGUUAGUUUUUGUAGUCUUUUCUGGAUAACAUUUUUGGCUCAUAUGCAGAAGCAGGGUGAAAAAGCGCAGCUGGACGAACACGUGCCAAAACAGCAGCUGAAACAAUUCCAACACCAUUUACCGGUGCUGAAGAAUGAGAGCUUUAUACCAAAAGUUAAUAAUGCAUUCGCGCUAUGAUGACUGAAACGCUUACACACACGUACUUACAUGCACUUACGUGCAUACUUACAUAUACAUACACAUAUUUAUAGCUAGAAUUAAUAAAUAUUUGUGAUUAUACCUAUACGCUUAUCGAAACCCUACAUGCAUAUUUUAUAUAAUAUUUAUACGACUGUACCUACCUCCAUACAUACAUACAUACAUAUAUGAUAUAAGAAAACAUAUAUACAUAUAUAAUUUGGGACUUUAAAAAUGUAAACGACAAAUAAAGUGUUGCUUUAGUGACGAAUAA